GCAUUUAAUCGUCAGUUUGAUGUUCAUCUGUCACCAAAACGCGGUCUACUACAUUCACAAUUCAGCGCGCAUACGGUAGAUGAAUACGGUAAUCGAAAACCACUCUAUCUGGAUCCUGAUGAAUAUUUUGACGGACAUAGUGGCGUUGACNAGAUGAAUCGCGGUGAUAUAUUGACCUAUCGAAGUUCCGAUAUGAAACUCAAUGUGAAUCUCGCGAAUGGUAUAUUUUGUGCUAAUGUCAAUUCCACAUUGACUAGUAAUAAAGCACUCAUGAACAACGUCUCAUCAUCACACAAACGAUCCAAACGUUCAAACACCGCCAACGGAGUCAUGCUCAAAAAUCGUUGUUCAGUUCGGGUCGUUGCUGAUCAUCUGUUCUUCAAUGUUAUUGGGAAUGGCAGCGAGGCGUUCUCGGCGAGAUAUUUGAUCAAUGUGAUCGAUCGAAUCAAUAUAUUGUAUACGACAACCGACUGGGGUGUGGACGAUGAGGGUAGACGUAUGGUCAAUAUGGGAUUCAUGAUCAAAGAUAUGCUCGUGCAUAGUAGAGCAACCGUCGGCGAACCUGACCACUAUAACGCACCACUUAAAGGGAAACGCAAUGUGGAGCAUUUGCUUGGGGUUAGUUGGCUAUGA